AUGACUUCCGAACAAAAGGUCCCUGCCCCUCCAUCCUUCGAAAAUCUCACUCCCGAUGGGGUACUAACCGAGACCGAAAACAUCCUUACAUCAACCUCAGCUCUGCAUGACGAUCUUGCCGCUAGAUUCACACCCUCAACCGCAACCUUCAACAACUUUAUCCGCCCCAUUGUUGAUGACACCAACCGCGCCGCAUGUCGCCUGCGCCUUUUGACGACGCUCCUCGGACAGCUAUCGCCCGACAGGGAACUUCGUGAUGCCGCCCAUAAAGCAGAAACACGUGUCGCGGCAGCGCAGGUCAAGAUCCUAAUGCGACAUGACCUUGCAUCCCUAGUGGGAGCGAUAUACGAGAGAGAAAAGACGGCGCCGGAUGGGAACUUGGAUGGACAAGAUCGGCAUUUGCUUACUCGCAUGCAUGGCGAAUAUCUACGCUCUGGGUCGUUUUUACGAGGUGACAAAGAACGGGAGGAGCUCCGGGCUGGUCUGGAGGAGAUUGAUCGUGUGCGAUCUGCCGCUCAAGCUGCGUUCACGGAAGAUGAGGGUGGUAUCUGGUUUGACCGCGCAGAUCUGGCGGGCGUUCUAGAGACUAUGCUUGCAUCCAUGCCUCAACACGGGACUCGGGUCCAAGUGACGUUCCGAAAUGCCCAUGUCACUGCAGUGAUGCGUCACGCAGUCAGCAGCGAGACUCGUCGCCGGUUCUCAGUUGCUGACCAGAACCGACUCCCCCAAAAUGUGACCCGCCUAGCUUCUCUAGUCGCCUUGCGUGAUAAGGUUGCUCGUCUUCUAGGGUAUGAACACUAUGCGGCUCUCAAGAUCGUGGACAAGAUGGCUCCAAGCGUUGACUAUGUCGAAGCUCAGCUUGAUGAUCUACACAAAAGGCUAAAGCCACUUGCACAGGCUGAGACUGACAGAUUGAUUCAGCUGAAGCAAAGGGACUACAAAGAGCCUGUUAGUGAACUAUACUCGUGGGAUAGGGCGUAUUAUAUUCAUAAGCAAACUCAGGAGAGUUUCUUUGUGGAUCACGAGCUCCUUGCCGAGUACUUUGAGGCCAACCACACUCUUCAAGGGAUGCUCGGUGUGCUCAAAGAGCUCUUUGGCAUCGACUUCAGGUCUAUCGUGACUUCAGUAUGGCACGAGAGUGUCGUGGCAUAUGAAGCCUGGGACAUCCCAAGUGAGGGAGGCAAGUUCUUAGGGCACUUAUACGUAGACCUCUUUGAUAGAGAGGGUAAAUAUGGUGGGGCACAUCAUGUUCUAAUUCAGCCGGGUUUCGCCGAAGAGAACGGAGAGAAACACUACCCGGCAUCGGCAUUGGUGUGUAGCUUCGCUCGUCCGUCGCAACAUCGUCCGGCACUACUUCAGCAUAGCGAAGUAAAGACCAUGUUCCAUGAGAUUGGUCACGCUAUUCACAACAUCGUGACCAGAACCAAGUAUGCCAUCCCUCACUCGCGAGAUUUUAUUGAAAUCCCGAGCAUCAUGCUUGAGAACUGGAUAUGGCUUCCAGACGUGUUAAUUCAACUUGGUCGUCAUUACAAGAGCCAGGAAGCUCUCCCUCGAGAACUUGCUGAAAGUGUUGCACAAACGAGAAAUACUAAUAGAGCUAAUAGUAUCCUGGCUCAAGUGCAACCAGCUGUCUUUGACCUGGCGAUUCAUACUCCCCCAGCUCAUAAAGCAGCACUUGAGAUGGAUACAACUGAGAUAUGGAACAGAACGAAAAGGGAUAUCCUCACGCAUAGCUUAGGACCAGAUCCACAAGAUUGGGGGGCUGGACAGGCAAGGUUUGCGCAUAUGUUUCGCAAGAAUGAUGGUAGUUAUUUUGCUUAUCCACUAUCAAUGGUCAUUGCGGCAGAUCUCUUUAGUUCUAAGUUUGCAGGAGACCCUUUGAGCCCCGAGAUGGGGAAGAAAUAUAGAUAUCAGGUGCUGGAGCCGGGGUCAAGUCGUCAGGAGAUUGAUAUUCUCAAGGACUUCUUGGGGCGGGAGCCGAGUAGUAAGACUAUUAUAGAUGAGCUCAGUCCUGGUAAUGAAGGCUGA